UCCGUGGUCUAAACACACGUGUAUAGUGUAUAAAGCGGUGCAAAGCUAUGUUCACGUUUAAAAAUGGCGCUCUUCAAUCGUGCUAAUUUGAACGCGUUUUGCUUAUUAAAUAACUGUUAUUAUAAAUUCAAGACGGGCACGUUGAGAUUAAAAUCACGAAUCUCAAUAAUCACAAAUAUCAUGCAAGCAGAGACAGAAAAGAAGACACAAAAGGCAUCGAACGUUAAAAAAAGAUUAAAUACGUUUGAAGCUGAAAUUGCCAGCAGGAGACACCAAGCAUGUCGCAGUAUAGUGGUGCAAGUGCUGUCAUCAAAUUCAUUCAACGAUCUCCUGAAUUAUUGUACUCAAUUUGGAAAAGUUUUAAGUAUGCACCAUUACUACAUAAAACAAGAUAAUUAUAUCUUGGUUGAGUUUAAAGAUAAGGAAUCAGUGAAUGAAAUUGUAUCACAUGCUUCCUUCAUAAAUAAAGAUGUAAUCGCUCCUGUAAAAUCAACAGUAUUAUGGUUUCAUAAAGGAUCAACCAAAUAUAAUCCGAACAAUAAUCAAAAUCCGAACAAUAAUCGGGAAAGUAUGCGCCUGUUUACAGAGAAUAAUUACACAUGCCCUUCUGAACAGGAUAUUGCAAAGUUAUUAUAUGAAGCGAAAUCGGUAUCAGGACAAAUAACUGAUUUCUAUGAAACACUAAAAUUAAAUGAUUUAGAAACAAGACUUAGAUUUCACACCGCCCAUCACUUGGAGCAAUAUUUUUCUAGAUUGUUUCAAAACAUGAGAGUUCUACCGUUUGGUUCCUCUGUAAAUGGUUUUGGAAGGAAAAGGUGUGAUCUUGAUUUAGUUCUUGUUCCCGAUCACACUGCUAAACGUGAUUCCAAAAGUAGAUUAAUAUUUCACACAAAAUCUAUAAAACUUGACGAGAGGCACGGGACGAAGGAGUUCAUGGGAAUACUUGCCAGCACUAUGGAGAACUUCAUCCCUGGUGUUCGUAAUGUGCGAAGGAUAUUGGAGGCUCGAGUGCCAAUAAUCAAAUUCAAUUGCGAGUACACACAUAUUGAAUGUGACUUGAGCACAACCAACUUGAUUGCUAUAUAUAUGUCCGAAUUAUUAAACUUUUAUGGAGAGAUAGAUUACAGGGUAAGACCGCUUGUUAUAGUAAUACGAAAAUGGGCGAAAAACCAGGAGAUAACGUCAGAUUCGCCAGGGCCGUGGAUAACAAACUUUUCUCUUUCGUUAUUAGUGUUGUUCUAUUUACAGCAGAAAAAUAUAUUGCCAUCUUUGACAACGUUAAUAUCGUGUGCAACAGACAACGAUGCUCGUUGUACAGAGAACGGCAUUAACUGUAUUUUCUUGCGGAAUGUUGAGAAAUUGCCAGUCGAGUAUAGACACAAAUCGAAUAAUGACUCUCUGGAGACGCUUCUAUACGGCUUCUUUGAGUACUACUCGAAGUUCGAUUUUCAUACGAAAGGCAUAUGCAUUCGCAGAGGCAUACCAAUUCAGAAACCAUCGCAUUCGGCGCUUCACAUCACCAAUCCCUUUGAAACGAUGUUGAACGUUAGCAAGAACGUGAAUAUCCACGAGGUGAAUCGUAUACUUCAAAAGCUACACGACGCUCUCUACACAUUAGAGACUGCUGACACAUCCAGGAGUAACAAUUGGGGCCUCAUGACUUUGAUGACGAAAUUGAACCUUUAUGUGAGGCAUACACUUAAAUCGAAGAGGACAAAAGAGAAUAUCGAAGAUAGCACGGAAGAUUUUUCCCCUGAAAUUUCUGAUAAAUAUGGAGAUAGUGAAGUUGACGUAAAUCAAUCGAAGAGAAAAGAAACUGUAUGAUAUUCAAAGUAGUAUGGCGGUGAUGUAUAUACAACUCAUAUUCUUACAUUGAAGUGUCUGCAGCCAUUUUUUAUACCAUAUAAUUUGGCAUUACUCAAUAGUGAAAAAUCAGAAAAAUAGACAUUUUAUUUAAGAAAGAAAAGAAAAAAGUACAGACUGCAGAUUGGAGACUUACUGCAACUAAUUGUAUCUAUUGUACUAUAAUAUAAACAUUGAAAAUAAUAGGGAAAUGUAUAUAAAUCGACAUUAAUCGCAUUAAAGAAGUAUGUAUAAGUUAUUAGAUAUCAAUUGAUUAUCAGAUUGAUUUAUUGGAAUUUUUAUUGCUGUUAUAUUAAUUCUGGAAAUUGUUGAACAUCGCAUAUGGCUAAAGUUCUCAUCUAUUGUCUCCGUUUUACAAGUAGCCUCGUCAAAUUUGACGAGUAAAAACUCGAUGUUUUUAUAUACGUACAUGCAACCAAAGUAAAAGAGACUAUCUCGCAUUUCGAGAUACAGUAAUAUAUAAAUCAAGGAUGUAUUUUA